AUGUUAUCCCCCCAGGAGGCCGCCAAGAUCUACCACGCCAAUUACAUCCGCAAUUCCAGGGCCAUCGGGGUGCUGUGGGCAAUCUUCACCAUAUGCUUCGCCAUCGUCAACAUUGUAUGCUUCAUCCAGCCGUACUGGAUCGGGGACGGGGUGGACACCCCCCAGGCUGGCUAUUUCGGACUCUUCCACUAUUGUAUCGGCAGCGGCUUCUCCAAAGAGCUCACCUGUACCGGCAGCUUCACCGAUUUCUCCUCCAUCCCCUCCGGAGCCUUCAAAGCCGCCUCGUUCUUCAUUGGCCUGUCCAUGACACUCAUCAUCGCCUGCAUCGUGUCCUUCGUGCUCUUCUUCUUCUGUAACACGGCCACGGUGUACAAGAUAUGUGCCUGGAUGCAGCUCUCCUCCGGUGAGUCCAUCAGCACUGCCAUCCUCAGCACCGUCCCAGUGGACAGCUCCUGA